UCUUCUUCGUCAUCAUCCCUCGGCAAGAGCUCUCGCAGAGCUGAGAUCAGUAUGCCACUGGCUGGUUCGAGAUCUUGACGUAGGAGAAGAUCGGAGCAGAUCGCCGGAAUCUGAUGCUCGAGAAUGGAGUACCGGAAGCUCAAAGAUCAGGAUAAGGACGAGGAUCCGACAGGAGAUGAUUUAGAGAGCCUGCGGGGAAAGGCUCUUUCAGGUGUUCCUGUAAACCCUCUGAGUACAUUAGGAGGUGGCCCUAGUAAUCGCCAGUGGAAGCGCAAGUCCAUCGUCACCCUUGCUUUGACAAUUCUUACAAGUUCACAAUCAAUACUCAUCGUUUGGUCCAAGAGAGCUGGGAAGUAUGACUACAGUGUCACCACUGCUAAUUUUUCGGUAGAAACGCUGAAAUGUGUAUUAUCACUUGCUUUCUUGAUGAGAAUCUGGAAGAGGGAAGGUGUCACAGAAGAUAACAGGCUGAGUACUACACUGAAUGAAGUCAGCGUCUAUCCUAUUCCUGCGGCACUUUACCUUGUCAAAAAUUUGCUUCAGUAUUACAUCUUUGCUUAUGUGGAUGCUCCAGGAUACCAGAUACUAAAGAAUCUGAAUAUCAUCAGCACUGGUGUCCUGUAUCGAAUAAUACUUAAGAGAGAGUUGAGUGAGAUUCAAUGGGCAGCAUUCAUUCUACUAUGUGCGGGAUGCACUACAGCUCAGCUAAACUCGAACUCUGAUCGCGUGCUUGAUACUCCAGUUCAGGGUUGGAUAAUGGCCAUUGUAAUGGCACUUCUAAGUGGGUUUGCUGGAGUUUACACUGAGGCUAUAAUAAAAAAGCGUCCUUCGAGAAACAUAAAUGUGCAAAACUUCUGGUUGUAUAUAUUUGGGAUGAUUUUCAAUGCUAUUGCAAUAUUCAUUCAAGAUUUUGAUGCGGUCAUGAACAAGGGGUUUUUCCACGGAUACUCUUUGAUCACAACUAUCAUGAUCCUCAAUCAUGCGUUGAGUGGCAUUGCUGUAUCUAUGGUAAUGAAGUACGCCGACAAUAUUGUGAAGGUUUAUUCGACUUCAGUGGCAAUGCUUCUGACAGCAGUGGUCUCUGUGUUCCUCUUCGGAUUUCAUCUAUCCCUAGCCUUCUUUCUUGGUUCGAUUGUUGUCUCGGUCUCGAUAUACUUGCACUCCAUUGGGAAGCCGAGGAGAUAGUAAGCCUUAGGCCCCCUUGGCCUUGCCUGUCUAAAACGAUCAAUGCCAAGGCCAUGAAAUUCCUCCCGGAUUUUUCUGCUGUUAUUUUCCUACAGUUUACGAAGCGUUCAGCUACUUGAUAACAAAAUCGAUUGCUGUAAUCUUAGUUAGUCAUUUAGGUCAAUUACGUAAUGUAAAAGGUUGUUUCUCGUACUAAUCUCAUUAUAGCCCAUUCAUUCAAUGAUUCAAACACUGCUAUUGCUCAGUUGAUCUAUUUA